AUGGGUGCGCCGGCUGCUGGGCCGGCGAUGGCUGCCGAGCCCGUCGCCUAUCGCUCAUCGUUGAACAUCGUUGGCUGGGGGCUGCAUGGGAUGAUUGGGGGGAACGUCCAGCAUGAAGCGUCCCGACCGCUGGGCGCAGGCUCCGCAAAAGGAAUGCCAUACGAGGAUCUCGCCGCUGUAUGGAAUGUCCUAAGCUCCGCCGAGGAUACACCAGAUGAACACCCAUCCAGCUCGAUGACCAUGACCUUGCAUCGUCCCCGUUCCACAUCUAUGCGAGUUCACGAGAGACAACGGGCGCGUGGUCAACCAACCGAUCUUCUGACCCGUCAAAUUGCACCUACUAGCAGUGGUACUAGACGUGUACUACUACAGUACCCUCUGUAUACCACGCACUGGAUCCACUACUGUUGGGCGGGGCGUCAAGCCGGCUCGGAGAUCUUCUCCAAGGACAGUCGCUCACGAGCACUUAUUCCUGGACUCCGGGACUCUGCCGGAUCACAGGACAUGAACAGCCCAAGUGUUACCAUGCAGCAAGCACGGACAGCUUUCAGCCGCGUCCUCCCCGUUUGGCUAAUGCUCCGGUCUGCUCCUGCCCAGUGCCACGCUAUCGAUCCUCAUUCGGGUCGGCCUGGAGCAGCCGCUGAACCAACGUAA